ACAGACCCGGGUGCGGGGCCUUCGGGUCCCCUGGGGAGAAGCGCAUCUUCCUCGCCCAGGCCCGCCGUGUAGGUGCAGUUGGCUGGAGAUGCCAGGUGUCUGCCUCGCAGUGUCAGCAGGUUCUCAGUGAAGCUGACUGUCCUUAGACCGAACCCGAACUCCUGGCAUCCUGCCAGGACCACCUCACGUUUCCUUUCCACUCACCCCAGACUGACGCGUCUUUUCUUUAGAACUUACCCACCAAAUCUUAGAAGAGGUACAUGUGCUGCUUUCCUUUUUCCUUCUCUACCUGGCCACUCUUCAGGUCUGUCUUUCUUCAUGUGUGGUGGUUAUACAUUUCACGUGAAUAUAUCAGACUGUCCAUUCAAGUCUGCAGUUUUUACUGUGCUUAUUUUUAAAAAGUGGAGUCUAAUCUUAGAAGCUGUGUGGUACUUCACGUGCUGUUUUAAUAGAACCUUUACAGUGGGACUUGCCUGGGCGUCCGCUCAUUCAAGGCUCGUGUCAGACACUCUGGCUGGCAGCUUGCGCCGAAGCUCGGGCACUGGUGUCGCUAGCCUUCCCCACACCUGGCUAGAAGGAAGUCCUGCCUAAGGCAGUGGACACGGCAUGGCUUUGUGCCUGAUGAGGGGCCAUUUGACUAAGAGCUGCUCUCUUCAGGUUCCCUGGCCCAGCCGCAACCCUCUGCCCAGUGUGUCUACGAGGAGAGAGCACGGUGGGAUGGUGGGCGGGGGGCGUCCGGGGACAUGUGGACGCUGAGGAAUGGGAGCCACAGCAAGCCUGGAAGGACUGUGUGUGCUGGUGGCUGGUGCUGGGUUAGGGGCUUUGUAGACCUCCCCGGGGAGUGUGGGGAGGGAGAGCAGGGGCUCCUGGGCUGGCUGGGUUUGGGAUGUUCAUGAAUAUACCCUAGUACCGAGGUGGCAGCUUGUCCUGGCUUGUCUGGGGGCAGCUCCAGAUGAUGGCUGCCAUGCUGGCUAAAGCAGUGGUGCCUCUUUGAACUCUUAGGCAUGCUGGGGGUUUUGGAAAUGCUACCUGGCCCUCCUCCGAGCUCCGCUGCUAGUGGUGGAAUUGGCAUUUCAGUUUGCAGGCGGGAGGUGGGGAUCGUAUUCCUCUGAGAUGGAGCCAUUACCCUGUGCAAUGAUGUCACCCACGUGUGUCCUCCCAGCAGGUGUGUGUCGACUGUGUCCUCUGUGCAGGGAUCUAGUGAUGGAGUUGGCAUCUCAGCAGGCAGGGCGGGGAUCGUCUGUGUUCCUCUGAGAUGGGGCCUUUACCCUGCGCAAUGAUGUCACCCACGUGUGUCCUCCCAGCAGGUGUGUGUCAACCGUGUCCUCUGCAGGGAUGCUGUGGGGCUCUCAGGUCAGGUGUGCAAAGCUGUCAGACCCAAUGCCUUUUUUUUUAGGGUAGUUUUUUGGUAAUGUCCUCUUACUCUAAAAUGUAGUGUUUAGAAAAUAUCAUUUAUGUCUCAAAAAAAAACUGAAAAUAUAACUUAUAACUUAAUAGACUGCCCCAGCUACAGAGAAUAAAUGUGGUAGUAGUGUGUAAUAAUGGUGCUGGUUGGCUGUGAAAAAGCCGGACGUCCCAUCUGGUGUGUCGCAUCCUGCUGAUGGGGAGGGGCGGUCCCCACAGACUGACCUGUGUGACUCUGUGGGUUCAGACCCCAGCUGGUGAUGGAAUAUUACAGAAUGGCGAGCAGUUCCUAGUGAAGUUUCAAGUAAAGCAAAGUAUAAUUUUUUCUUGACUUACGUAAUAGUUGAAUUUGUGGAAAAUUCAAGUCAUGGUAAAACCAUGCAAAAAUGUUUCGUGUGUAAAUGUUGAAUAGAGUACGAUUCUGGGAUCAGAGAGUUAGAAGCAUGUUUUCCACCCAUGAAGUUCUGGUUCAUCCUAAAUUUUGUGUGUGAAGAGUUUUUGUUGGGCAAGACGGUCUUACUCACUGAGGGAUGCAACCUCCCUCACCUCCGCCGGCCAAAUUUCAGUACUCUCUUAAUCCUGACCACGGAAUAUGCUCCCCGGGGUCUCACAGCACCCCUGGGUACCUGCCAUUGAGAACCAUUGUUCUAAGGAACCACACCAAAGAAGGAGCCUCUCCUGCCCACAGGGCCUUGCCUGCUUGGAGGACGGCAGCCCCAUCACUUAUCAGGCUGUGCUAGUGUUGGACAAGUCGUUGUCAACACUUGGGAAAAGUGUGGACAGAAUCCAUCAUUAGAUUCCACCACUUGUGAUGUCUGCGGGGAGAGAAGUUCCUGUGGACGAUGAAGAAUCCAGAGGUUUCCAUCAUGGCUUGGCCUCGAGGGUGCCUUGUUUGGAUUCCAUGCGCCCAGGGUGGAGCUUGGGCCUCUGGCUGUCACAGUAGCCCUGGCGGACGCUGUGGGGUGACCUUGGCCAAGUCUUGCACUCAUUUCCAUCAGAGAUUCUAGUUUUCUCGUCUUUAAAACGAAGAUGAGAGGAAGAGGACCUGGAGCUGCUCUGGGGCUGCUUCGGCCCAGGUCCCCCUGCUGUCUCAGGGUAACAGUGUCUGUGCCCGGGAAGACAGAUGCUGGGCUGCCCGGGGACAGGGCGGCGCCACUUAGGCUGAGCUUGUCACUCCUGACUGCAGCGCCAUGUUCCUUUGAUUUUGGGUUGUCUGGUGAUACAGCUGCUUGCCUGGGCAGAGGCGUUUCCAAGCUGCAGGGAGUCACACUAAUCCUGCUGUCUUCAGCGAUGGCAGGACCGCUGGGAUGGUGUUGUGAGUGCAUGGUCAGAAAUCUCCCAUGCUUCCCUCUCUUGGGGGCAGUGUUAUUCACAGACCUGCCGGGGUUGUUUCUCUGCCCGUCAGCGAGCGGUGAAUGAGCAGGAAAAUCGUCUCAUAGUGAUCAGGUGCACAGUCCAGCUAACCCGGAUGUGUGACACCUUUGGGUUGGAACGAAUUGUAUUGGCAAGGCAAAAUCAACUAUUGUAGAAUAUAUUUAGCAUAUAUCACCUGGGCUUUAUUAAUAUUGCUAAUAAAACCAUUAUUUGUAAAAAUUAAGAUUAAUAGAAUUGUUCUUCCAUUUUCUUACAGUUUUAAAUAGGAUAAAAAUAUAUUUUAUUUAAAAUACUAUUGAAAAUAUAUCCUAUUUAAAACAACAAGAAAGUGGAGGAAUGAUUUCCUUUUUUUUUUGGACACAGAGUCUUGCUCUGUCGCCAGGCGCCAGGCUGGAGUGCAGUGGUGCAAUCUCGACUCACUGCAACCUCUGCCUCCGAGGUUCAAGCAGUUCUCCUGCCUCAGCCUCCCAAGUAGCUGCGACUACAGGCGCACGCCACCACACCCAGCUCAUUUUUGUAUUUUUUAGUACAGAUGGGGUUUGAUCAUGUUGGCCAGGAUGGUCUCAAUUUCUUGACCUCAUGAUCCUCCUGCCUCGGCCUCCCAAAGUGCUGGAAUUUUUUUUUUUUUUUUUAAUUGAGACUCUGCUCUGUCACCCAGGCUGGAGUGCAGUGGUGAGAUCUUGGCUCACUGCAACCUCUGCUUCCCAGGCUCAAUUGAUUCCCUUCUGCCUCAGCCUCCUGAAUAGCUGGGAUUACAGGUGUGCAGCAUGAUACCCGGCUAAUUUUUAUAAUUUUAGAAGAGACGGGGUUUUGCCAUAUUGGCAAGUCUGGUCUUGAACUCCUGACCUUAGGCGAUCUGCCCGCCUUGGCCUCCCAAAAUGCUGGGAUUACAGGCGUGAGCCACUGCGCCUGGUGGAAUGAUUUCCUUUCAUAGGAAACUUUUAAAUAGAGUAUUUUUGAAUGACUUUCGAAGGAGGCCAGGUGGCUCAUGCCUGUAAUUCCAGCACUUUGGAAGGCCGAGGUGGAAGGAUCGCCAGAACUCAGGAAUUCCAGACCAGCGUGGGCAACAUAGCGAGACCUCCAUAUCUACAAAAUAUAAAAAAAUUAGCUGGGCACAGUGGCACCUGUCUGCAAUCCCUUAGGAGGCCGAAGUGGGAGGAUUAGGGCGAGACUGCAGUGAGUCAUGACCGCGCCACUGCAUUCCAGGCUGAGUGAGACACUAACUCAAAAAAAAAAAACGUAUUGUUAAGUCUGGCAUUUCUUCCCACAUAAGUUCUUUUCAGAAGUCUCACUCUAUCAUCCAGGCUGGAGUGUAGUGGCGCAAUCUCGGCUCACUGCAACCUCUGCCUCCCGGUUCAAGUGAUUCUCUCACCUCAGCCUCCCUAGUUGCUGGAACUGUAGGCUAAUUUUUGUAUUUUUUGAUGGAGGUGGGCUUUGCCAUGCUGGCCAGGUAUCUUUCCAUAUAAAUUCUGAAAAUUAGAAAUAAAAAUUGCCAACAAUUGAAAGCUGUUGACAGAAAAGUGUAGGGAAGAAACAGUGGAGAAGAACUUAACCCCAGUCCGUUAAUGAAAAGCGGUGUGUUUAGAUGAGAAUGUUACUAAUUUGUAUACACGUAUGAGUGUUGUUUGAGAAUUGUGUAUCUAAAAUGUGGGCAGUGGAACGUGGAGAAGGAAAAGUCUCCAAACAAACUUAAAAAGUGGUUAGCAUUCCACAUAGUAAGAUGCUUCUAUGAAUUCUUGACUUCGGGCCUCAGAUAUUUGGGACGAACAGAAGUAUGUAAGUCACAGAUUGUGUCACAUCCCAAUCCAGUGCUGUUCAAAUAGUCCGACGUUCCCGGGGCUCACUCCUUGCUGGACGGGAUUAGCUGGGAAGUCCGAGUGUGAUCUUACAGCACAGAUGCAGACACCUUAAGGGACUCCGAGUCGUAAUGAGGCCCCUGGAGAGAGGGCAAGAAGCUGCCCGCUGUGGUGUCACUUGCCCUUCUGUUUAGAGUGGCCAUGUCUGCUCAGAGCCAGCCCAGUCUUCAAGGGCGGGCACAGCAAAUAACUUCAAGAAAAAAGAAAAGAAAAAGAAAUACAGCCCUUUUUACUUGAAGGUAAAGUUGAAUCAUUGUAAUAAAAAUGUGAGUCACCUGGAUGGGCUUCAUCCAACAGUCGUCAUCGACUUGGGGACAAGAAAAAUGGUCUUUUACGUUUUUUUUUAUUUAAAAAAAUUUUUUUAGAGAUGGGGUCUCGGUAUGUUGCCCAGGAUGGAGUGCAGUGGCUACUCACAGGUGCGAUCCCACUACUGAUCAGCACGGGAAUUUUGACCUGCUCUGUUUCUGACCUGGGCGGGUUCACCCCUCCUUAGGCAACCUGAUGGUGCCCCACUCCCGGGAGGUCACCAUAUUGAUGCCAAACUUAGUGUGGACACCCGAUCGGCAUAGUACACUACAGCCCAGAACUCCUGGGAUCGAGCGAUCCUCCCACCUCCGCCUCCUGAGUAGCUGGGACUACAGGCACGUGCCACCGUGCCCGGCUUUUUUUUCUUUUAACUUUUUUUUAGAUAGGUACUUAUUUUCUUCCUGCAGGUGUGCCAUCGGUUUGGAUCUUGCUCCAUUGUAAUUUUGGUGUAGCAACCUGAGGUUUUAACUUUAAAGAUGUAUGUUCAGUGGGCCCAUCCUUUGAAUGCUAGUGUGGACAGUGCGGUUGGGGCAUGAUGUCACAUGGCCUGCAGGGAUCAAGGGCAUGCGCAGGUAUGUUUUUACAGGUCAGUGCGAACAGCCUUUUGUUGUACUUCGACGCUGGACGGACAGCAGUGUCAGUAGGAUGUGGCUGAGCAUGAUGUGUUGCCCGUCACAGGAUGCCAGCCCGCAUGGCUGUGCAUCUCCAGGACACGGGAUGGGCAGCAGGGAUCUGUUUGCCCAGCACACCUGUGGAGUCGGCAGCUCAGACCACAGCUCAGAGCCCAGGGUUUUUGGCUUUGUUUUCUGAACAUAUUGACUGACUAGAAAAAUUAUUAUUAUUAUUUUUUUUUUUGAGACAGAGUUCGCUCUUGUUACCCAGGCUGGAGUGCAAUGGCGCAAUUUCGGCUCACCACAACCUCCGCCUCCUGGGCUCCGGCAAUUCUCCUGCCUCAGCCUCUUGAGUAGCUGGGAUUACAGGCACGUGCCACCAUGCCCAGCUAAUUUUUUGUAUUUUUAGUAGAGACGGGGUUUCACCAUGUUGACCUGGAUGGUCUCGAUCUCUUGACCUCGUGAUCCACCCGCCUCGGCCUCCCAAAGUGCUGGGAUUACAGGCGUGAGCCACUGCGCCCGGCCCGAAAAAUUAUUUUUAAAAAUAAAAACAAACUAGCCGGGCCCGGUGGCUCUCACCUGUAAUCCCAGCACUUUGGGAGGCCAAGGCAGGCAGAUUGCCUGAGCUGAGGAGUUCGAGACCAGCCUGGGCAACAUGGUGAAACCCCCAUCUCUACUAAAAUACAAAAAAUUAGCCGGGGGUGGUGGUGUGUGCCUGUAGUCCCAGCUACUCGGGAGGCUGAGGUAGGAGAACUGCAAGAACCCAGGAGGUGGAGAUUGUGGUGAGCCGAGAUUGCUCCACUGCACUCCAGCCUGGGUGACAGAGCGAGACUCCGUCUCAAUAAAUAAAUAAAUAAAAAUAAAUAAAAAUUAAUUUUAGUUUAUUUCAAUUGAAAAAAGAUUUUUUAAAUCUGUUUUUUAAAGUCAUAGAUUUUUAUCUUUAAAACCAUUAAACAAUUAAAAAGAACUAGCAUGUUUCUAUUACAAUUAUAAACCAUAGGCUUCUGUAUAAUAAUAGUUCUUGGAAUUUUUAAAAAGUGUGAUUUCUUUCUUUCUUUUUUUUUUCUUGGGACGGAGUUUCGCUCUUGUUGCCCAGGCUGGAGUGCAAUGGUGUGAACUUGGCUCAUUGCAACCUCUGCCUCCCGGGUUCAAGAGAUCCUCUUGCCUCAACCUACCGAGUAGCUGGGAUUACAGGCACGCACCACCACACUCAGAUAAUUUUGUAUUUUUAAUAGAGACCGGGUUUCUCUAUGUUGGUCAGGCUGGUCUCGAUCUCCCCCCCCGACCUCAGGUGAUCCACCCACCUUGGCAUCCCAAAAUGCUGGGAUUACAGGUGUGAGCCACUGUGUCUGGCAAAAAGUGUGAUUUCUUUUAAAGUGUGUCUUUAGACAUGUGUCACGUAAGACUUAAUGAAAAGGAAAUUUUUCUUUUCCUCAGAACUGCUAUUGACUCGUGGAGAAUUGAAAUAUUUGAUUAAGGACUGGUUUUAAUUCCCUCUAGUAUGCUGGCUGCAGGUUCUCUGUUUUAUUUCCUAGAGGGUCUUUUAUUUUAAAUAUUGAUAGAUAUUCCUGGAAGGGCUGUUGUGGUGUUAUGUAGGGGUAGGCCUCAUUUUGAGCAUCCCUAUUCUGGCAUGUGAGCACAAGAGGUCUUGGCCAGGGUGAACCAGUGUUUUCAGUUUUGGGUCAUUGGCAUUCUCAGUCAAAAUUAGAGCUUUCAUAGGCUUUACAGUGUGACAGAUUUAAGGGAGAGCUGCUUGAAUUGUGAAAAAAUGAUUUGGUUUCAGCUAAGAUGGUUUUGUUUAAUUCUUUUCUUAUUUAAUAAUGAAUUUUGGUUGCUUUCAUUUAAUUUUGUGCAUGUGUGAUUUCUCUUCCUAACUGGUCUAUAUGACCUUGCACAGCUGCAUUCUGUUGGUGACCUAAUUGUGAUACUCUGUACAUGCUAGGGCUGAGGACUUGCCAAAGAAAACAUGCAGUCUACAUACAUGCAACUUAGGGAAUUGUUCAUAUAACCAUAUGGUUCAGAGAUACAAUCUUAACCAAACUAAUGUUAAACAUAAAUUUAAGUGUUUUAAUGAUUAUGUACAUUCUGAUAAUUUGGAGAACUUCUCUAGUUUUAGAAUAAACCAUAACUCAUUGAUUGGGAUUGUGUUGAAUCUGUAGAUUGGUUUGAGGGAAUUGCCAACUUAACAGUAUUGAAUAUUCUGAUCCAUGAACAUGGUAUGUCUCAUGCAGGAGUUCAGUUUCUCUUAAAAGGGUUGCGUGGUUUUCAGUGUUCAGCUCCUGCGCAUAUUUUGUUAAAUUAAUCUCUGAGUACUUGAUACCUAACAGAUGCUCCCAUAAAUAUACUGUAUUUUAAAUUUCAAUAUCCAUUUAUUCAUUGGAAGGAUGUAGCAGUACAACAUAUUUUUCUUUACUGCCCUUUAUCCUGUGUCGUUUCUAAAUGAAAUUGUUGUAGAUUUUCUGUAGGAUUUUAAAAAGUAUAUGUGAUUAUGUUACCUUUAAAUGGAGUUUUCCUUCUUCCUGUAGAGUUUCUGUAGCUUCUCGUACUUUACUGUGCUGGCCAUGACCUUUAUUUUCAGUAUAUGUACUUUUAUUUAAAAGUAUUUCUGCCUUAUUCCUGAUCUUCAAGUGAAAACAUCCGGCCUUUCACCAUUAACUAUGAUGUUUCUAGUGUAUUUUUCCUAGAUGCUCUUCAUCAGGUGGAAGAAGUUUCCUUUAUUCUUUGUUUCUUGGGAGUUUUUCACACGAAUGAAUGGACAUUGAGUUAUCACAUACUUUUUAUGUAUCCACCCGAGAUGAGUGUUUGGUGUUCCUUCUUGAUUCUUUUGUUAAAGUGAAUUACCCGGAUUUUGAAUGCCAGCCGAACCUUGCAUUUCUGUUACGAUAAACCUGACUUGAUCUAGGUGUAUUACGGUUUAGAUAUAUUAACUGAUCAGUUUCCUAAUAUUUAAUUAAGACUUUUUGCGUCUGUGUCUGUGGGACAUGUUAGCCUGUAGUUUUUUUCUGGCCAUGUCUUUGUUUUGUUUUGUUUGCGUCUGUGUCUGUGGGACAUGUUAGCCUGUAGUUUUUUUUUGGCCAUGUCUUUGUUUUGUUUUGUUUGCGUCUGUGUCUGUGGGACAUGUUAGCCUGUAGUUUUUUUUGGCCAUGUCUUUGCUUUGUUUGCGUCUGUGUCUGUGGGACAUGUUAGCCUGUAGUUUUUUUUUGGCCAUGUCUUUGCUUUGUUUGCGUCUGUGUCUGUGGGACAUGUUAGCCUGUAGUUUUUUUUGGCCAUGUCUUUGCUUUGUUUGCGUCUGUGUCUGUGGGACAUGUUAGCCUGUAGUUUUUUUUGGCCAUGUCUUUGCUUUGUUUGCGUCUGUGUCUGUGGGACAUGUUAGCCUGUAGUUUUUUUUGGCCAUGUCUUUGCUUUGUUUGCGUCUGUGUCUGUGGGACAUGUUAGCCUGUAGUUUUUUUUGGCCAUGUCUUUGCUUUGUUUGCGUCUGUGUCUGUGGGACAUGUUAGCCUGUAGUUUUUUUUGGCCAUGUCUUUGCUUUGUUUGCGUCUGUGUCUGUGGGACAUGUUAGCCUGUAGUUUUUUUUGGCCAUGUCUUUGUUUUGUUUUGUUUGCGUCUGUGUUUGUGGGACAUGUUAGCCUGUAGUUUUUUUUGGCCAUGUCUUUGCUUUGUUUGCGUCUGUGUCUGUGGGACAUGUUAGCCUGUAGUUUUUUUUUGGCCAUGUCUUUGCUUUGUUUGUUUGCUGACCUCAGAAAUGGAGCUGGGAAGCUGCCCCUCAUUGUCUGCUUUCUUAAAACGUUUCUGUGACUUUAGUUUUCUUUCUUUUAAAAAGUUUGAUAGAAUUUGCCAGUGAAGCCUAGAUUUUUAAUCAUGAAUUCAAUUAUUUUAAUAAAUACAGAACUUUGAUAACUAGAAUUUCUUGAGUUAGUGUUAAUUUGUGUCUCUGAAGAUUGUUUUCCUUGCCUCCAAAUUCUAGAAUUUAUCGGCACACUGCUCCUUGUGGGACCCUCUGUGUGUUUUACACGUCUGUGGGUCCGCGGCUGCUCCAUUGCCAAGCCUCCCUGGGCUCCUCCGAUCUGUGACUGUUUCUCAUGCUUCCUUGUUUUUGGCGACUUUUUGAGGUAUUUUGUAGGAUGUACCUCUGUUGGGAUUUGCCUCCUGAUGAGACCGGGGUCACGGGUUUUGGGGAGGAAGGCCACAGAGGUGAAGCCCUUCUCGUCACAUCCUGUCCAGGCCAGCACCGUCAGCAGGACUCAGGCCUUGAUGCCGACGCGGGUCACCUGGCUGAGGCUGUUCAGUGUUUUCCACUGUCAGGCCACGCUCUUCCCCCUUGCAUCCUGCACUUUUGGAAGGAAGCUGCUGUGCCCGUCGUCCGCCCCGGUGAGGAGUAGGGAGCUGUGUGCUGCCUCCUCGGGGGAGCGGGGGAGCAGCGGAGCGUCUCGGACACUUUGGUUAGUCUGCCUGGGAGGCUUGUCUCUUCUUUCGCAUUUACGGAUUUAUUCACUCAUCUGUUUACAUCAGCACAUGCUCAUGGAGAUUUAUUUUACACUUUGGGUUAGAAUCCAGUACUGCUUCAUUCUGGGGCUCACAUCCUUCCAGCUUUGGCCAUCGGCAGCUUGUUAGUUGGCUCCUGUGCCCCUUGACAUUCCCUCCAUUCCCUCUUCAUUGUAGGUGUUUUCUUGUUAGUGUUUUGUUUUUUUCUUUCGAGACGGAGUUUUGCUCUGUUGCCCAGGAUGGAGUGCAGUGGUGGGAUCUCUUCUCGCUGCAGCCUUCACCUCCUGGAUUCAAGCAGUUCUCCUGUCUGAGCCUCCCAAGUAGCUGGGAUUACAGGCUGUGCCACCACACCUGGCUAAUUUUGUAUUUUUAUUAGAGACGGGGUUUCCCCAUGUUGCUCAGGCUGGUCUCGAACUCCUGACCUUGUAAUCUGCCUGUCGUGGCCUCCCAAAGUGCUGGGAUUACAGAUGUGAGCCACUGCGCUUGGCCUGAAGCUCUUUUACUUGCAUGGUGCUAUCAAAUGCUUCUCCAGGCUCAUUGUGCAUGCCUUUCCCAGCCUAGAAUCAGCCGUUUCUGCUUGCAUUGAACAAUGAGGUUAGAGAUGAGGAUGCCCUGGCAGAGACUAGGAUGUGGUGCCCCAAGACCAGGAGGCGGUGCGCGGUGGUGUGCCUCGAGCGUGCGAAGAGCCUGGCGUUAGAAACCAGGAGGCGGUGCGCGGUGUCCUCCGAGCGUGGGAAGAGCCUGGCUUUAGAGACUGGGAGGCGGUGCGCGGUGUCCUCUGAGCGUGGGAAGAGCCUGGCGUUAGAGACCGGGAGGCGGUGCGCGGUGUCCUCCGAGCGUGGGAAGAGCCUGGCGUUAGAGACCGGGAGGCGGUGCGCGGUGGUGUGCCUCGAGCGUGCGAAGAGCCUGGCGUUAGAAACCAGGAGGCGGUGCGCGGUGUCCUCCGAGCGUGCGAAGAGCCUGGCGUUAGAAACCAGGAGGCGGUGCGCGGUGUCCUCCGAGCGUGGGAAGAGCCUGGCUUUAGAGACUGGGAGGCGGUGCGCGGUGUCCUCUGAGCGUGGGAAGAGCCUGGCGUUAGAGACCGGGAGGCAGUGCGCGGUGGUGUGCCUCGAGCGUGCGAAGAGCCUGGCGUUAGAGACCGGGAGGCGGUGCGCGGUGGUGUGCCUCGAGCGUGCGAAGAGCCUGGCGUUAGAAACCGGGAGGCGGUGCGCGGUGUCCUCCGAGCGUGGGAAGAGCCUGGCUUUAGAGACUGGGAGGCGGUGCGCGGUGUCCUCUGAGCGUGGGAAGAGCCUGGCGUUAGAGACCGGGAGGCAGUGCGCGGUGGUGUGCCUCGAGCGUGCGAAGAGCCUGGCGUUAGAAACCAGGAGGCGGUGCGCGGUGGUGUGCCUCGAGCGUGCGAAGAGCCUGGCGUUAGAAACCGGGAGGCGGUGCGCGGUGUCCUCCGAGCGUGGGAAGAGCCUGGCGUUAGAGACGGGGAGGCGGUGCGCGGUGUCCUCUGAGCGUGGGAAGAGCCUGGCGUUAGAGACCAGGAGGCGGUGCGCGGUGUCCUCCGAGCGUGGGAAGAGCCUGGCGUUAGAGACCGGGAGGCGGUGCGCGGUGUCCUCCGAGCGUGGGAAGAGCCUGGCGUUAGAGACCGGGAGGCGGUGCGCGGUGGUGUGCCUCGAGCGUGCGAAGAGCCUGGCGUUAGAGACCGGGAGGCGGUGCGCGGUGUCCUCCGAGCGUGGGAAGAGCCUGGCGUUAGAGACCGGGAGGCGGUGCGCGGUGUCCUCCGAGCGUGGGAAGAGCCUGGCGUUAGAGACCGGGAGGCGGUGCGCGGUGUCCUCCGAGCGUGGGAAGAGCCUGGCGUUAGAGACCGGGAGGCGGUGCGCGGUGUCCUCCGAGCGUGGGAAGAGCCUGGCUUUAGAGACCGGGAGGCGGUGCGCGGUGUCCUCCGAGCGUGGGAAGAGCCUGGCUUUAGAGACCGGGAGGCGGUGCGCGGUGUCCUCCGAGCGUGGGAAGAGCCUGGCUUUAGAGACCGGGAGGCAGUGAGCGGAGGUCCCUGGUGUUAGAGACCAGAAUGUCGUGCGUGGCAGUGCGCGGUGUCCUGCGAGCCUGCGAAGGGCCCUGGGCAGCUUUUCACUUGAACACGCUGCCUUCCUGUGCUGCUGCAGGUGUUGACUUCCAUGGAGUCAUUCGCCAUGCUGCCUCCCUCUCUCCCUAGUAGUCGUUUCUGUAGCUUCUAGGAAAGAGGGAGAAACACAGAUGUUCUCUACCUCCUCGCCCUUCUGAUUUGGGACGGUUGGGGGAGGUCCCAGAUCUCUGUCCACGCACAAGCAUGUGUGGGGAGAGCAGCGUGAGGAGUUACAUCUGCAGCCUCUCAAAGCCAAUUGCCAGAGGCUAGACGCCUUUCUUCAGCAAUGAGUUUUGAAAGUUUGCUGCAUUAGGUUAGUCCCAUUUCACUGGCACAGUGGUUAUUUGUGGGGCUGCUUUUAUAUUCUAUUUUGCUCAUUUCAUUAGAUAUUAGGAAGAAAAUUUUAAUGCUGAUUUAUUUUUAUCCCUGAGAAUUUUUGGUUAGAUCAUGUUUUUAUGACUUUUUAAUCUUUAGCGUGGUGCAAUGGCUUAGGCCUGUAAUCCCAGCAACUCGGGAGGCUGAGGUGGGAGGAUCACUUGAGACCAAGAAUUUGAGACCAGCCUGGGCAACAUAGUGAGACCCCGUCUAUAACAAUAAAAUCAAAUACCCUUUUAACCUGCAAGCAAUAGAAAUAUGCUUUCAGUAAAUGUUUGAUUAGUCUGCAUGCUGACUGUAUUGACUGGGUGACAUGAAUCAUUGCAGUAGCGGGUUCUGUGGACUUGUGGUUAGCGUGGUGGGAGGUUGAGUCUUGCUGUGUUCAGGGUGCAGUGUGCGCUCUUCUGCUCUUCCCCCAGCUGCCUGCAGGUGCCUCCGAUGCCUGAGCCUUUUAUUCUGUGCUUACCCGUGUUGCCUUGGGGUCCUCAAUUGGGAAAGGGGAGAGACUGGAAGGUGCAUCCUGUGUUUAAGGCCUGUGUCCGGGAGGUGACACACCUCUCUCCUGUUGGAAGCCCAUUGAUGGACUCUGGCCACAGGGCCGUGUGUGCACAGAAGGGCUUGGGAAAUGCAGGUUGGAUGCACAGGGGCUCCUGGGAGAGCCCUGUCGGCAAGGGAGUGGGCUGUGGGCUGCUCCAGCCUGGGGGCUUCAGGGUACCUGCUCUUUCCACCUGCCUGCCCUUCUGCUUUCCUCCUGCUGAAGCUCUGACCGCCCAGCAGCUCCCCUUUUUGUAAGUACGUUACACUAACCCCGUUUCUUACUUACAAGGCCUGGGUCCUUCUGUGUUACGUAGCAGCUUGAAUGUCCAUGGGAGAAAACGUACUUAGGGAACAGGUACUGGAGUUUUAAACAAAAUCUGUCCAUUUUUCCCUAAUAAGUAAAAGCAGAAAAAAUUACUUGAAGUACUUUUGAGCUUGCUGUUGUUGAAAUAGUUUUUCUUGAGAUAAUUCAUAAAAAUUAGAAAAUGACUAUCAGAUUUUCUAAACUGGACUUGAUGAUUAUUUUCACUUGUAAAAGGGGUGCCUACCGGAGUGCAGAGUGUCACGUGGUGAGGCUGCGCUUUGGGUGGGAGGAGACGGAAGCUUGUUUGGUUCAAACGUACGUCAGAUACUCUGAUGGCAUUCACCCUCUCCCUGCUGUAGGAGACAGCCAGGUAUUGCGGUGGGAAUGGGACUGGCCGGUGACUUGGCCACACAGGUGGCAGCGCUCUGUCAAGAUGUCGGGCUAAGAGGGGCGCCCAGGGAACGCAGCACGCCCGGCCUGGUUCAUGCAGCGACCUGGAACGGGGGUCCCUGCAGGCUGGGGUCCUGUAGUGCCCAGGGCGGGCUUCUCACUUGCUGAGCGUUCAGUGCAGAUUUGUGAGGUGCACGUUUAGUGGGUUUGGUCUGGGACAUUUGAAAAUUAUUAUCUUUUCUCAGAGAGUCGCACUCUGUCACCAGGUCGUAGUGCAGUGGCAUGGUCUCGGCUCACUGCAAUCUCUGCCUCCUGGAUUCAGGGGAUUCUCCUGCCUCAGCCUCCCAAGUAGCUGGAACUACAGGUGUGCACCACUGCGCACAUCUAAUUUAUGUAUUUUUAGUAGACAUGGGGUUUCACCGUGUUUGCCAGGAUGGUCUCGAUCUCUUGACCUCGUGAUCUUCCCACCUCGGCCUCACAAACUGCUGGGAUUACAGGCGUGAGCCACCGCGCCCGGCUGAUGUUUGAAAGUUACUUAAACUCAUAUUUGGAGGGUUGGUGCUUGCUUUUCCUCAGAUUGUCUCUCAGUGCCUCUAUGUGAGUGGAGGGUUAGGCAGAGAAUGGAGUCACGUCUACUCUUCAUCCUGUGAUCAUUUGUGUCCAGCAAGCACCCACAGCGGUAUCUGAAGUCACCACCGCAGCUCCUGUGGCUCUCCUGCCCCAUCUUUUCCACGUUUGACAGCUUUCACGGAACCUAACCACAGACUGAGACCUCCCACCCGGCAUCUCAGCUGCCUGUCCCAGUUCGUUGGAGUUGGUUCAGUGCUAACCAGUGCUGCGAGGGCUGUCGGGUUCUGCUCACUGUCUGUGGCUCAGAUGUUCUGCUGCUCGGAAGUGCUGGUGGGGCCCUGGUCCUGCGUGUUGCCCUCCCAUCCUCCCUCCGCCCUGCGUGAUCGUCUGCACUGGACCAUUGUGUGGUUUCUCAAGGCUCUGCUUCACAGUAACUUGGUUUUUGUUCCCUCCUGUAAUAAUACAUGGCAAAUACAAACUUGUGAAAAUAGUUGAAAUCCUGCAUUUUUCCGGAAGAGUUUUCGUUUUCUGUCCUCCCUUGGUGGCUGCUUUGCGUGCACUUGAGCAAAGCCUCUUGAUGGAGGACAUGUACCAGGUUUUGCUGUGUUGCUUUAGGUGUCACCAGUAACAAGUAGAGGAGCUUAAAAAAUAGUACUUUUGGCCGGGCGCGGUGGCUCACGCCUGUAAUCCCAGCACUUUGGGAGGCCGAGGCGGGUGGAUCACGAGGUCAAGAGAUCGAGACCAUCCUGGUCAACAUGGUGAAACCCCGUCUCUACUAAAGAUACAAAAAAUUAGCUGGGCAUGGUGGCGCGUGCCUGUAAUCCCAGGUACUCAGGAGGCUGAGGCGGGAGAAUUGCCUGAACCCAGGAGGCGGAGGUUGUGGUGAGCCAAGAUCGCGCCAUUGCACUCCAGCCUGGGUCACAAGAGCGAGACUCCGUCUCAAAAAAAAAAAUAGUACUUUUGAGUGACAUGCAGUUGAUGAUACCUUUAUUUAGAAAAACCUGCUGGUCUCGUGAUUUCCAUGCGCGUGGAAUGGUGCUGUUCUUACACUCGCUGUGGGGACAGAUACAGCUGUGAUGCCAGGCUGGAUUUUCCUGGGUGCAGAUCACAGAAAGGUAGUCUUCCCAGGUUGGUUUUUGGAGAGUGAAAUCCAGGAAUGGUGUUUUAUUCUCUGGUGAUAACCACUGCGUUCCUGGUGCCAGUUCCUUCCCUGCGCCACCCUUCCACCACAGAGUGUACCGCAGAAAUCCCUUGACUGAAAGUGCUAAGGCUCGAAACUCAGGAAGGGAAACCGUGGGUGAGUCUGCCCGUUGAGGCGAAGCUGUGUUGCUGCCGCCUGUCUAAACACACCAGCGCUUCCUCCAGGGCAGCACCAGGUUUGCUGGUUUCUGGGUCAUAGCCUGUUCUUUUGUAGAAUCUUUUCCUUGGAAGCAGAACCCUGAGCCCUUUGGUUGUGACUCACACCUGUUCCUGCAGAACCUAGAGGUAGAAUGGAGCUGGGAUGGAGUGACGAAAAGCGUCUGCCGGUUUUCAUGCACGUGUGCCACCUCAGAAGCUUUACUAACCGGGCAUGGUAACAGCUCGUGCUGUCUCAGUCUGUUCCGUGUUACACAUUCAGCAUCAGCCCAGCCGUCCUGUGCUAUCAGCUGUUCAGACGAAGCACCAACAGUUAGGGAAGUUAAACCCCGUUAAAAACCCAUGUCCAGUUUAUUCUCCUUAGCGUUGGGGCUCCUGCCGGCAGUGCAGGUCCCUGGGAGCGGACUGUGUUGAAUGACUGAUGUGCUCUUACCGUGAAUGUUGUUGUUUUAAGGCCUUCUUUUUCUUUGUGAUUCUUUUGUU